AUGAACAUCCAGGUCCUGCCAGACCACAAGCUGUCAUCAGUGGCCCCGCUGAAACCCUGCAAUGUGGAGAAGAAGGAGGUAGAACUGAUACUGGUGAAGGACCAAAAUGGGGUCCAGUAUACCAGUUCGACCAUCAUGCCCACCCCCAGCACGCACGGCACCCCCUGCACCGCCGAGGAGCUGGAGGAGAGGGAAACAUGGGGAAAGAAAAUAGACUUUCUCCUAUCCGUCAUAGGCUUCGCAGUGGACUUGGCCAAUGUCUGGAGAUUCCCUUACCUCUGCUACAAGAAUGGAGGUGGUGCCUUUCUAAUCCCCUACAUUCUGUUCCUGGUGAUUGCUGGGAUGCCACUGUUCUAUAUGGAACUAGCCCUGGGACAGUACAAUAGGGAAGGAGCUGCUACAGUCUGGAAGAUCUGCCCUGUCUUUAAAGGUGUGGGCUACACUGUGAUCAUCAUAGCGUUGUAUGUGGGUUUCUACUACAAUGUCAUCAUAGCCUGGUCCCUGUACUACCUGUUCUCCUCUAUGACCAGUGAGCUGCCCUGGCUCCAUUGUGGCAACGCCUGGAACAGUCCGAACUGCACAGACCCCAAGCUACUAAACGGAUCCUUCCUGGGCAAUGGGACGUCUUAUGCCAAGUACAAGAUGACGCCGGCUGCGGAGUUCUAUGAGCGUGGCGUACUCCACCUCCAUGAGAGCAGAGGGAUCCAGGACCUGGGCAUGCCUCGCUGGGAGCUGGUCCUCUGUCUGGUGGCUGUGGUCUUUCUUCUCUACUUCAGUCUCUGGAAGGGCGUCAAGUCCUCCGGCAAGGUGGUGUACAUCACGGCCACCAUGCCCUAUGUGGUGCUGUUCGUCCUGCUGAUCAGAGGCAUCACUCUGCCAGGGGCUAUGGACGGCAUACGGGCCUACCUCCACAUCGACUUUAAACAACUCAACGACCCCAAGGUGUGGAUUGAUGCUGCUACCCAGAUCUUCUACUCAUUGGGAGCUGGCUUUGGAGUGCUCAUUGCAUUUGCCAGCUACAAUAAAUUUGACAACAACUGUUACAGGGAUGCUAUCCUGACCAGUACAGUGAACUGUGUCACCAGCUUCUUUUCAGGUUUCGCCAUUUUCUCUGUGCUCGGCUACAUGGCCCACAAACACGGAGUCAGGAUAGAGGACGUGGCCACUGAAGGUGCAGGACUGGUGUUCAUCAUCUAUCCUGAGGCCAUCUCCACCCUGCCUGGAUCUACCUUCUGGGCCAUAGUAUUCUUCAUCAUGCUGCUGACUCUGGGCAUCGACAGCUCUAUGGGCGGUAUGGAGGCAGUCAUCACAGGACUGUCGGACGACUUCAAGAUCCUGAAGAGGAACAGGAAGCUGUUCACCUUCGCCACGGCAUUCGGAACCUUCCUUGUCGCGCUCUUCUGCAUCACUAAUGGAGGUAUAUAUGUGCUGACUUUGUUGGAUAACUACGCGGCGGGGACCUCCAUCUUGUUUGGGGUGCUGAUUGAGGCCAUUGGGGUGUCCUGGUUCUACGGCGUGGACCGCUUCAGUGAGGAUAUCGAGCGCAUGAUGGGCUUCAAGCCAGGUCUCUACUGGAGGCUGUGCUGGAAGUUUGUCAGCCCCACCUUCCUACUGGUCGUGGUGAUAGCCAGCAUCGUGACGUCCACGGGCCUGAGUUAUGAUGACUAUGUCUUUCCUUCAUGGUCCAAUGUGAUUGGCUGGGGCGUAGCUCUGUCCUCCAUGAUGUUUGUGCCCAUCUACGCCAUCUACAAGUUCCUCAGUAUGCCAGGGACAUUCAAACAGAGGAUCGCCUACUGCAUCACACCAGAACACGAACAUCAUCUGGUGGCGGAGGGAGCUACCAUCAGACAGUUCACGCUCAAGCACUGGUUGGCUAUCUGACAACCUGAUGUCACCCAACCUUCCCCACUACUCACAAUUCCGGGGUGUUGGAGUCAUUGUGUUUCGACGGCAGAUGUUCCUGCUGCUGAGCUUCCUGCUACUGGAGGAUGGACAGGGAUAACGCCAUGCUCCUUUCUGCCUCUCUGUGUUCUGUUGGUUCUGACCCAACCUGCGACCUGCCAUCCCCUCUUUUCCACUCGGCUCCUCAUCUCCCUCUCUCUCUGUUGAGUGACUACAGAUUCUCUCAUCAACCUCUGCCUACAGAGUCAACUCAGUAUCCUCCAUGUUUUUGCUUGAAGUAUCAUUUUAUUUUAAACUUUUUACCAUGUGACAUCGUCAUCGUCGUCAUUUUUUAAACGUAUAUACAACUCAUAAGAUGGAGACCUUCCAUGCAGAGCAUGUACAGGUGUUUUCUGUGUUAUUGUUUUUCAUAUCAUUUGUUUUUUUUACGAUGACUGUUCUGUGUUCAUUAGUUAUACAUGGGUUAGACACUUAAACCAAGUCAAAAAGUACCAAAUGACCAUUUCUGUCAUCAUGUAUGCUCUAGGCAGGGGGAGACAAACAUGACUCACAUUGCUUUUUAUCAUCUUGAUUCUUUUCAAAGAGGCCCCUCAAGCUUUUAGGUGAACGAGAAAGGGAAGAAAUCUAGUUUCAUUGCCCUCUUUGUAUGUCUGACUGAGUAGGUCCCCAGUCACUACUCUAGAUAACAGCAGCUCAACUGUGUCAGUGCCUUAUCAAGCUAGACACUUCAGAACCUGUCAAUGUUUUCAUUGGUCCAUACAGAAAGGUAAAUGUUUUCAUUGGUCCAUACAGAAUGGUUUUGCCCGACGACUCAGGAAUCCUCCUGCAGAUCAGAGCUCGUGGAUGACAGAUACACUUUAUGGUUACCAACAUACGUUAUUAAUUCAGUUUGAAUGACAAUGUCCUUUAGAUAUUCAUCUUGCAGCAGUAGAGGUUUUUCCCAGUUGCCUUCUCCAUCUUUUGAAACCUACCUGAAACAGAUCUGAAGCUUUUGUCACCUGCCUCACAGAAAAGGGAACAAUUUAUGUUGAGACUCAGAAGUGUUUUGUCUUGCAAGUCGUCGUCCUUAUACUUUACACAUGGCCUUUACACAGAGUAGAGGUCUACAUUGUCCUGCUAUGGUUGCUAAUGGUACUGUGUGUACCAACUUUAAUGUGUUGCAUAGUACUAGCAUCCUCUUCAGAGAGGCUUGUGCCCUUGAUCCAAUGAUUUGCCUUCGCCGUGCUUGUGGAUAAACAGUAGUAUUAAACAGUGAUGAAGACACCAAGGGAGGCUUUGAUUAAAUGAAGUUGAAUCCAGCACUUGAAAGAAGUCUUUAACAGAAGUACUUGUUUCAGUUUUCUAUGGAGAGGUAUGCACUCUUAGUGUUUUAGGGAACGUUUUCAGGCAUGCAAGAAAUGCCCUGUUUUGACAAAAGCUUAACUGACUUACAGCACUAACACAGGUAGACUCAACAUAACAAGUGAUUUCUUUACUUUUUAUAUAAUGUUCUCUUUGUUAUGUUGCAUCUUUCCAAUGCAUUGUUUUGUGGUCCAUAUGGGUGAGGGAAAUCAGGAGCUUCUCCUUCAAAGAGUGUGUGUGUGUGUGUGUGUGUGUGUGUGUGUGUGUCCAUGUGUGUGUGGAAGGAUAGCUAGUGUAUUUUAAGUUUGAAAUGCCUCAUUCAUUGUACAAUGAAUGUUGUGUUAAAUCAUUUAUGGUGUAUUUAUAUGUUACAUUGUCAUAUGUUGAAGCCUAUUUUUUGUCAAGCUUGACUUAAAGAAAAUUCACCACCAAGGAAGUGCCAAACUGUUCACCCCUUUUUUAGAGAUGUUUUUGUCUUUCGUUUUCGUUUUGUUCUGUUUCUCUUUUAUGUUUCUUUAUUUAUUCAAAUGGAGUUGAAAUGUAACUGAAUUUUUCUUAUUGUGAAAUAACAUUAAUGGCAGGAAGCAAGUCACACACAACAAUUAUUAUUGUAUGUGGAGUAUAAGACAUGGAAAAAUAUAUACAUAUAUUCUUUUGUUAUAUAUCUAAUCUUGUAUUUAUCAAAUUGUUUAUAAACGAAACGUGAAUGUAAAGUAUUUUAAACGUAACUGUCCACUGUUACUGUUAUAUCAUUGUGUUUGAUGUAGGUAAGAUGAAUCUAUGUACAGAUGUGUUCUCCAGUGUAACCGGGGUAACUUUGCAACGUGAAUGUAGAACCCUGGCAUUACCUGAGCUACGUUUACAGAACACUGUGUACAAUACAAAAGUCCUGUUGAACGUGAGUGACAACUAUCUAUGAAGAAGUCAAAAUAUGCACACUAUUAUAAUAAAGAGUUCUUCUACACACACA